AUGCCACCGUUGAUCGUGCCAACGUCGUCGCAUCAGUUACCUCAGAAGGACCAAGCACCACUUCUACCUCAACCUCAAACAAGUGAGACUGCUUUCGAUCGUGACCAUCCGCCAACAAAAGUCGCUCAGGAAGGACCGCGGCCCAUCAUGCCUCGCAACAACGGAUUACUAGAUUCGGCGCUGCACGCACCACUUCACGCAAUGGACUGUAUUGACGUGCUGAUCGGUGCAGUGCGCGAUGGACGUACUCGGGUGCAGGACUCCUAUUCCAGAGAUCGAUCUACACCUCUCGAGGAUCACAUGUAUCGUACGAAGGGUGAAAUGGUCAUUCUGUUGGGCAACAGUCGGGGAGGGAGCAGUUGGACGGACGAACGAUUGAGUUAUUGUUCAGGACGCUCGAACCUACUUACAGAGAUCGAACCCACUGAUCAUCCGUUGGGUCCCGGACGAAUGUUCGUUGUGUGGGCCAAAGGUCAGGACCAAGGUGCUUACGCUCACGGUGCUCCGUCGGCUCUCGAAGCCUCUAAUUCCAAAGUUCCUUUCUACAUGGACGAUAUUCUCAAAUAUCACGGAAGCAAGAAUCGCGGAGUUCAUCCGAUUGAUUUCACGACACCAGUGAAGUUGCCAAAGCCUGGUGACGCAGCAUUCGGUGUCAAUAUUGCAGCCGGUGAACCAGCCCAUCACCAUCAGCAAAGCACGGCGUUGCCUCGAAACUCCCCCACACCAGCGUCAUCGACAACGGCCACUGCGGCAACGAUGGCACCACCCUAUCUUCAAGAAGUCGACGAUUCAUCCUCUCAUGCCUCCUCUAUCGUCAUCGUUCUUGUUACUGCCUUAAUUGUGUUAAAC